GAAGAGACAGUCAUGAGUGAGAUGAAGAGGUUGUUUGAUGAUGAGCUGAAGAGGAUUCAGCAGUAUGCAGUGGAUGUUAUUCUGGACCCUGAUACAGCAAGCCCCUGGCUCAUUCUGUCUAAGAAUGGGAAAGAAGUGAGAACUGGAGAAAAAAAACAGAAGCUCCCUGAUAACCCAAAGAGGUUUGAUUCUGCCGUUAAUGUCUUGGGAAAGAAAGGCUUCUCCUCAGGGAGAUUCUACUAUGAGGUAACUGUUACAGGGAAGACUGAGUGGAAUUUAGGAGUGGCCAGAGAGUCUAUCAACAGAAAGGGGAGUGUCGCAUUAAGCCCUGAUAAUGGACGCUGGGCAGUGAUCCUGAGGGAUGGGAGUAAGUACAUAGCUUGUGCCCCGACCCGUGUCCACCUCUGCAUGAGAGAGAAGCCCCAGAAGGUGGGGGUGUUUGUGGAUUAUGAGGAGGGUCAGGUCUCAUUUUAUGAUGUGGAGGUCAGGUCUCAUAUCUACUCUUUCACUGGCUACACCUUCACUGAGAAACUAUAUCCAUACUUCAGCCCUUUGCUCAAUGAUGGUGGUAAAAACUCUGCCCCUCUGAUCAUCUCUCCUGUCAAUCACACAGACUGAGUUUGAACCUGAAAUUGACCUGAAACUGACCUGUAAAAUUAGUACCUCAAUUAGAGUUCACUCUUUCAUAAAACACCAGGGAGAAUAUUUCACAUUAGUUUAUUAACUGAUAUUUGUUAUUAUUAUUUGACUUCUAAAAGAACAAUCCUUUAUCUGAUCUUAACGGAGCAGUGGGCCGGCCACUCUUCAAUAUCACCUGGGCCAACACCUUCCCACUAAUGAGAUGACAAACCAGCACAGGUGUAACACAUACUGAGUAACGAGGGGACACCAAUCAGUGCGCCCCACGCGCCAACGUCCAACCUCUAAAUAUAAAAGGAAAAAGCAAAGCCUAUGAAUAACAUUGUCAGUCUGUUAGACAUGAGUACAGAAUGCAGCAGCUAUGUAACAGUUGACCUGUAUUACCAAUAUCUCAGGUUCACAACAAGGUAUGACUUCAUAUCUGGGAGAGAGAAUUCAGAGGUUGUUCUGAUUACUGUCCCCCAUGAUGAAAUCGGGGAGGGGACUUUGGCUCUGUCUCUGUCCGAAAGCACGUUUGUAUGUUUGUCACACGCGAUAUCUCAGACUGGAGGGCCUGUUUUUGAUGAAACUUGGUUGUAUGAUGUGUCUUGCUGUAGAGGUCUGGCAUUUUCUAAAUGACACAGACUGGCCAGGUGGAGGUACUAUAACAAGCAAUUGAAAAUGCACAUUUUGAAAGGUCACGCCCCUCAGUUUGUCCAAUAGACCAGUUUGUCCAAUAGUCAUGAAAUUCAGGACAUCGGUCCUCCUCUUCACAAGGAACACAUUUGCAGCAGGGAUCCAUAAGGUCCACCACGAUGGAUAUUCCACCAUUUAGAAUGAGGUGAAAAACCCUUCAAACGCUUCUCCUCUGGCACUGAAGGACCGAUCUGCAAGAAACUUGAUAUGCGGCACCUGUGGACAAACGUCUCUCAACGCAAUAUGUUCCAGACUAGUACCUAAAACAACAUGGCCGUAAUGGCCAAUAAACGUUCAUGUGGUCCGAAACACAAAUCAGUCACAGAUAUUUGUAUUGUAACAAAUUUGGUACACAUGUUGAAAACACUGUCAACAAGACCCAACAUAUGCAGGAACAUUCAUAUCGACCACAAGGUGGCACUAUAACUGCCACAUGUUUUGUUAAUAUCAGCAUAGUCUCGUUUGAAUUUGCCGGGGGAAGGGGGGGGGGGGGGUCAUUGCAGGGGGACGAAAUGUUUAAUGCUGCAUUGUUUUAAUUCUGAUAAUAAUCGGCACUAUAUGUUUGUUUUACUUAGAUAUAUACAAUGCAUAUACUCUGUUGAUCCUCAAUAACUUUAAUGGUCACUGAGUAACAUUCAGGAUGUCUGGAUAAAUACAUUCAGUUGAAUAGUGAUACACUUGGUAUUCAGUCUAGCACAGCACCAGAGCUUUAGAAUAGUGAUACACUUGGUAUUCAGUCUAGCACAGCACCAGAGCUUUAGAAUAGUGAUACACUUGGUAUUCAGUCUAGCACAGCACCAGAGCUUUAGAAUAGUGAUACACUUGGUAUUCAGUCUAGCACAGCACCAGAGCUUUAGAAUAGUGAUACACUUGGUAUUCAGUCUAGCACAGCACCAGAGCUUUAGAAUAGUGAUACACUUGGUAUUCAGUCUAGCACAGCACCAGAGCUUUAGAAUAGUGAUACACUUGGUAUUCAGUCUAGCACAGCACCAGAGCUUUAGAAUAGUGAUACACUUGGUAUUCAGUCUAGCACAGCACCAGAGCUUUAGAAUAGUGAUACACUUGGUAUUCAGUCUAGCACAGCACCAGAGCUUUAGAAUAGUGAUACACUUGGUAUUCAGUCUAGCACAGCACCAGAGCUUUAGAAUAGUGAUACACUUGGUAUUCAGUCUAGCACAGCACCAGAGCUUUAGAAUAGUGAUACACUUGGUAUUCAGUCUAGCACAGCACCAGAGCUUUAGAAUAGUGAUACACUUGGUAUUCAGUCUAGCACAGCACCAGAGCUUUAGAAUAGUGAUACACUUGGUAUUCAGUCUAGCACAGCACCAGAGCUUUAGAAUAGUGAUACACUUGGUAUUCAGUCUAGCACAGCACCAGAGCUUUAGAAUAGUGAUGGGUAUUUAUGACAUCAGCCUUAUUCUAUGAAAUAUGAUUGAAUUGGAUGUCAUUUUCUUUAGAGGGGGGGGUAUAUUAUAUGGGGGUGUUUGUAAUCGUCUGUUUCUAUGGUUUUGAUGACUCAUUGUCACUGCAUUUCAACAUCACCUUGUCGAAAUAAAACAGUGUAUACAGUG